AUGGAAAAUGAGGGCCAGGAUACAUAUAGUCAAGAAUCAAUCGAUCUUUUCCGAGGUUCACAGUCAGAAGAUUUGGAAGUGAAUGCUCAAGAAAGAGAAGAAAUACUUCCACAAAUGAACAGACCAGCACAGCCGAGCAUGAGAUUAAUAUAUGAAGAAGUCUGUGCUUUGAGAAGAGAAGUUAAAGAUCUAAAGAGAGAAAUUAUGAAGAAUACACCUGGAAAAAUUUUUCAAGUGGAUGGUUCCAAUGUGAAGAAACCUUUAACUGCUCUUCUUAAAAGCUUUUUCUUCACAUACCCAUGGAUAAGAGAAGAUGAUGAGGAAUUAAAGAGACAAAUAACAUCAGUUCUGGAGGGGUGUGGAUGGGAGGCAGACAGAAAUGUGAUCAUCACAUGUUUCUCAUUUGCCUCCCACUCCUUCACCAACUGGAGGAACCAGGUUCGUCAAAAGCUAGUGACACAGGAGAAGAGGGUGGAGCAGAUGCCAAUAAAGACGUUGCAGAGAUACCUCUUCUCAGCAUUCUGGGUGUCACCAUCUGACACAGAGGAGAAGAUCAAUUUCAAGGUGACACUUGCAUUGAGAGCUUUUGCAGAUGGACACAAGUUGUUCAAAAAAAAUCCAUCUACCACAGCCAUAGACUUCUGGCGUGCGUUCAAAAAGAACAUUGAUGCAAUGAUGAAGCAGUCUCCAGACAGAUGGGUGGCCCUUGAACAGAGAAUGGUCAAAAAAAUUGAAGCAUUCAAUAAAGAAGAUUAAGAAACAGAAAGUGUCCAGUUGUUUGUUCAUCAAAAGAAUA